CUUUUUUUAUAAGAGGCCCAAAAAACCUUUUGGGCUAUAUAUUCCAAACUGCAAUAACAAAUGUGAAAUGGGCCAGCCGUCAGCCUCUUUAGGCCCAAUAUUUUGGUCAAGGCCUGGCCGCCUUCUUGAAGGUGAAGCGGUGAAAACGAUCCAAUUUGCACCGGCCGAUGUGGAUGCGAUCAUCGUACGAUUUAAAUAUUAUCAGUAAACGUUCUAAUAACGGUUUGUUCUACUUUUUGAGUUCCCUUCGGGACCCAUUUCCGGAUGUGGGAUCCACCACCGGCAAACCGAAGCCAUAUAUUUUCGAGUUCGCGGUUAAAACCGUAGAACCUCCCCUAACCACUCACCACUCUCCUCCGCCACCACCCCAACACCAUCGCCAUCCGCUCCUUUCGUACUUUUUGCUCUUUUUUUCAUCCUUUUCCUCCUCCGUCUUUGUCUUAUCUUUAAUAUCACCUUCUCGAAAAAACUAAAAUUUCAUUUCCCCACCAAAAAAAAAAAGAAAAUUAAAUGAGCUUCUCUUCUAAUUACACCAGUCUCCGUCUCACUCUUAACCGUUCCGACAACCUCCUCUUUUUCUCCCCUCAAAAUCCUUACCAAAUCCGCGUAUUUUGCGUUUAUAAACGACGCCGCUUGAAGCUCUCUCGCUCAAACCUCGCUUUCCGAAACCAUUUCAAUUUCUUUUUCGAUAACAACGUUUUCCAGAACCUUCCUUCACUCGAUUUUCUCGCGCCGGUUUUAGGUCUAACUUCCGGCGGCGUCGCUCUUUAUUUAUCUUCGCGGUUAAAUUUAGCCUCCGGAGGCAAAAACAAUGCCUGUGAAAUCGGAGAGUGGAUCUUGUUCACCAGUCCGACGCCGUUUAACCGCUUCGUCAUCCUCCGAUGCCCCUCCAUAUCGUUCGAAGGGAGUGAGUUGAUGGAGGGUGUGAACGAGAGGUUGGUGAAGGAAGAUAGGCAUUUCGUGAGGCUACAUAGCGGGAGGAUGAUCCAGGCGAGUAGAAACAGAGGAGAGAAACCGAGUGACUUGGAGUACCAGAGAGUUUGUAUAAACACGGAUGACGGCGGUGUCGUUUCGAUUGAUUGGCCGGCUAAUUUGGACUUGAACGAAGAGCUUGGAUUGGACACGACGGUUUUGGUGGUUCCGGGAACGGCGGAGGGUAGUAUGCACGAGAAGGUGAAGGCGUUUGUUAGGGAGGCGGUUUUUUGUGGGUUUUUUCCGGUUGUUAUGAAUCCUAGAGGUUGCGCUAGCUCGCCACUCACCACUCCCCGGUUGUUUACAGCUGCUGACAGCGACGAUAUCUCCACUGCUAUACAGUUCAUCAAUAAGGCAAGGCCAUGGAAUACAUUGAUGGGUGUUGGCUGGGGAUAUGGCGCAAACAUGUUGACGAAAUACUUGGCAGAAGUUGGUGAGAAAACACCUUUGACAGCUGCAACAUGCAUAGACAAUCCUUUUGACUUGGAGGAGGCCACAAGAUCGACUCCUUAUCACAUUGCUUUAAAUGAAAAACUCACUGGUGGACUUAUAGAUAUCCUACGAUCUAAUAAGGAACUAUUUCAAGGCCGAGCAAAAGGGUUUGAUGUGGAAAAGGCUCUAUCGGCCGAAUCUGUUCGUGACUUUGAAAAGGCAAUAUCUAUGGUCUCAUACGGUUUUGAGGCCAUAGAAGACUUUUACUCAAAAUCUAGCACGCGAAGCUUAGUUGGCAAUGUGAAGAUUCCAGUUCUUUUUAUACAGAAUGAUGAUGGAUCGGUUCCGCUAUUCUCUAUUCCCCGUGGUUUAAUUGCUGAAAAUCCUUUUACAAGCCUACUCCUCUGCUCUUGUUCACCAUCCAGAGCUACUGUAUCUUGGUGCCAUCAUCUUACUAUUGAGUGGCUUACAGCAGUGGAGCUUGGACUUCUAAAGGGUCGUCAUCCUCUUCUGAAAGAUGUUGAUGUCAACAUCAACCCUUCAAAAGGCUUGGCUUUUGCAGAAGGUAGGUUGACUGGUAAGGGCGGAAAAGCUAAGAAGCUUUUGGAUCUUUCUAGAUCAAAUGCUUUAAAUGGCUAUCCCAUUGGUCCUACAAGAGAGAUGUUAGAAGAUGGUGAUACAGCUGCUAGCAUCCACCUGCGGUCCAGACAAGAUUCACUGAAAGAUGUGGAACUUGAAGACAAGGGAUUGCAAGGAGUGCACAAUGAUAUGUUAGCGCAGACCAAAUCUGUUGAAGCAGAGUUGGUCAAAGAGGAAGCUGCCCCAGAAGAUGGUGAAAUAGGCCAAGUUUUACAAACUGCGCAAGUAGUUAUGAAUAUGCUUGAUGUAACUAUGCCUGGAACUUUGAAAGAAGCAGAGAAGCUGAAGGUCUUGGCUGCUGUUAAUCAAGGCGAGACAGUUAUGAAAGCUUUGCAAGAUGCUGUUCCAGAAGAUGUUCGUGAAAAACUUACAGCAGCUGUAUCUGUAAUUAUGCAUGCUCAAGGCACAAACUUAAAACAGGGUAUUGAGAGGAUUCCCAAAAUACAAUCAGGGUUCAAGUCAAAAGUCCAAGAAAGUGUUAGUGAUGCUCAUUCUACAGAUGAGAUAAAAGGAGCUGAUGAUUUGGCAGAUGGGACUGAUAGCAUUCAGGUUGGCUCAGACAAAAUUACUGCCAUACAGGGAUCAGAAUCUCGGCCAUCAGACAAUUUGCAAAAGUCUGGUGACGUAGGUCAAUCUCAAUCAACAAGUGCAAAUCAAGGUGAUAUUUCUUCUUCAGCUAAGAAGGAUACAAAUGAGUUGGGAAAAAUCCAUGAAAGUGAUGAUCUCACCAAAGAAAAGGCUUCUCCACAUGCUGACUCUAGCGAAACAGGAUUGGAAACUAAUGCUAAGCCUAAUUUGACUUCCCAAGCUGAAAAGGAAGGUAGCACAGAUGAAAUACUUAGUGGUGAGUCCAAAGCAGACCGAGAUGGUGGAGUAGGCCGAAUUGAAACAAAGGAUGAUAAUACUCCCCACAACAAGGAAGAAAAAGUCUUGGAUUCUUUUACUGACCAAAAUAAAUUGGCAUCUGCCACUAUGGGAGACGGUACAGUUUCCCCUGCAGGAUCUUCUGAAGCUCAACCAGUGGAAGGGGAAGGGAAUGGUGAUCAUAAAAAGGAUCUUCAACAUUCACAUGAUCAAAAUAAGUCCACUAUAGCUGAUUGCAAUCCCCCAACCUUCAGUGUUUCUCAAGCAUUAGAUGCUCUGACAGGGAUGGAUGAUUCCACCCAAGUAGCUGUUAACAGUGUGUUUGGUGUGAUAGAAGAUAUGAUUUCUCAACUCGAGGAGGAAAAAGAAGAAAAUGAAUCUCAUGAAGGAAAUGAGGUUAGGACUGAUAAUUCUGAUUCUGUACCUGAGACACAAGAUACAUUUGAAAAGAAAGAGGACAAUGAAAAUGAUCACAAAUUGAGAGACACAGAUGGAAGUAAAAAUAAUCAGAGUAUGGUUUCUGAUGGAUUGCAUGAUCCUCCCAUACCUAAAGAUCAUGAUAAUGGUCCAGACUUGCAGGAUGACUCAACAAGUGAAUGGCUGGAGAAGGAAUCCUCACAAAAUCCUGUUUCAUCUGGGAGGACUGAUAGUGAUGAUUCUCAGGGAAAUACUGUAGGUAAUAGUUUGGAUUUGCCAAAAAACAAUGAUCAUAUAGUUGGAUGCAAACCUCUGGCUGAUUAUUCAGAUAGACCCGUAAAUAACUUUCCCUUGUACAUAAAUGCAAAUCAAUAUGAGGACUUUCUGCAUAGUGAAUACUUCCACAGAUAUUUGCUUUCAAAACAAACUACCAAACCAUUAGAUGUAGAUACAACUACUGCUUUAUUGCUCGACUACUUUCCAGAAGAAGGUAAGUGGAAGCUCUUGGAACAACCAGGAGUGAAUGGAGAUUCUAUUGGUGAUGUUACAACUCGUAGCAGAGAGCUUAUGGCUCCAGCUUUAGAAGUUAGCAAAAUGGAAAAUUACAUUGAACCAUCAUAUGUAAUAUUAGAUACCGAAAGACAGCAUGACCCUGUUGGAGAGUUUGAAACGAUAGACAAUAUGAAUGGAAGUGCUGGCAAUGCUGAUGAGGGAUUAGAGGAAUUGGAAUUAGUGCAGCUUGUAAAAGUUACUAUAUUGGAUUCUUUGAGGGUGGAAGUUGAUCGCAGGCUAAGUGCAUCUGACAUGAAAGAAAUGGAAUCACUACUUGCUAUAGAUAUUGAAACAGUUGCAACUGCAGUGUCUGUGUGUAUUGGAGAUGAUGAGGAGCUUACUGAUUUUGAAGGCAAAGAGUAUGUUAUUGACAAGGCCCCAGAAAAAGUUGGUACUAUCAAUGGAGAAAAUGUUAUUAGGGCUAUUUCAUCUGCUGUUCAGAGCACAAGUUAUCUAAGGAGAGUGCUGCCAGUUGGUGUUUUUGUAGGAUCUAGCUUAGCUGCUUUGAGAAAGCAUUUUCAUAUUUCUACUGUUCAUGACAAUGAUCAAAGUGCAGUUAAGGCUGCUAAUAAAACAAAAAUAUCUAGGAAAAAGAAUCAUGAGAAGACUAGUAUAAUGGAGUUUGAUCAAUCACCUGUUUAUAAAACUGGUCAAAAUGGUACUUUGCAUAGCCCCAGUAGUGAAAAAGAGGUAGAAACUGGUUUGAAAGGCCUUAACAAGGAUGGUGUCAUAGUUGGUGCUGUUACAGCAGCUCUAGGAGCGUCAGCUUUGCUAAUGCCAAACAAGGAUCCACUAGAUGAAAAGGGAACUGCAGAAAGUUCAUCCAAGACCUUCAAGGUGGAAAGUCAUCAGCAUAACGAGCCUGGAAAGCCUGAGGAAGGAGUAGCUGACAAACACCAAAUCAACAUGGUCAAUAGUCUUGCUGAGAAAGCCUUGUCGGUUGCUGGUCCUGUUGUACCUACAAAGGAAGAUGGUGAAUUGGAUCAAGAAAGGCUGGUUGCAAUGUUAGCCGAUUUGGGACAAAGGGGUGGCAUGUUGAGGCUAGUUGGUAAAAUUGCUUUGCUUUGGGGUGGUAUACGUGGGGCAGUGAGUCUAACAGACAGGCUUAUUAUGUUUCUCCGUUUGGCUGAACGCCCCUUAUACCAAAGGAUUCUUGGCUUUGUUGGCAUGGGUCUUGUUUUAUGGUCACCUGUUAUUGUUCCAUUGCUUCCAACUCUUGUGCAGAGCUGGACAACAAAUAAUCCCUCAAAGUUUGCUGAACUUGUUUCCAUUAUUGGCUUCUACACUGCUGUCAUGAUACUUGUCAUGUUAUGGGGCAAAAGAAUACGUGGUUAUGAAAAUCCACUCGAGCAAUAUGGACUGGAUUUGACAUUAUCAUCAUCAAAGAUCAAAGAUCUUCUCAUGGGCUUGAUUGGAGGAGUCAUGCUUGUUAUGUUAAUACAAUCCGUAAAUGCUUUGUUUGGCUGUGUCAGUUUGUCUUGGCCUUCAAAUCUUCUUCCAUCAUCUUUAGAUUUCGUUGCUAGGCUUAAAGUGUAUGGAAAGCUCCUUGUGUUAGCUGUUCAAGGAAUUGUAACUGCAACUGGUAUUGUGCUUGUUGAAGAACUGCUUUUUAGAUCCUGGCUGCCUGACGAAAUUGCUGCAGAUUUUGGCUAUCAUCGGGGAAUUAUUAUAUCCGGACUUGCAUUUUCUUUGUUCCAGAGGUCUCUGAUGGCGAUGCCUAGUCUAUGGCUUUUAUCUUUAGCUUUGUCUGGCAUUCGGCAAAGAAAUGAUGGCAGCCUCUCAAUUCCGAUUGGGUUGCGGGCUGGGAUAAUGGCUUCAAGUUUUCUUUUACAAACUAGUGGCUUUAUAAUUUACAAGGCCAACUAUCCUCUCUGGGUAACAUCAACUUUCCUCUUUCAAACUUUUAGUGGAUUAGUAGGUCUUGCAUUAACUUUAUUGUUGGCAAUUCUUUUCUAUCCAAGACAACCUCUGCCACAGAAAUUGAAAAAUACCAAACAAGAAUAAAAUCGAGAAUUUUCCGGUUAGAAGCGCAGCCAGCCUCUACGAUAACUGCUGCAUUUUUUUGGUUAUAGCUUUCUGGUUUUUGAACAGUUUUGUCUAAUUGUGACUGCCUAGUCUGUAUUUGGGAGUGUUGGGGAAACAUUUCUAUAGCGGGUAAAGAGUAAGAGGAAAAACUUAGAAAGGAGAAAGCGAAAGGAAAAUGAGAUACAAAAAUGCAUCAGAGGGGAUAUAAGGACAUUGAAAUGUGGAUAUUGUAGCAUGGAGACUGAUAUCAAUGUACGGUUGGUAAAUUUUGAAAGCCAAAUUGAAAGGCAAAUUUUGUAAAGGAAUAGCAAUAUGUAAUACGUAUACAAGUAGUUCCCUUUUGAUUUUCUGUUUCAUUUCUUUUGACGAAUGGUCAUAAAACUUGUAUCUCAGGUUAGGCAUGAAUUUUGUCAAGGGCAACAAGGCAUAUUUAAAGGUGUAAAUGAUACAUUAA